UUAAACAAACACGUUUCAUGCAUAACAGGAAAAAUAUUCCGAGCUUAAAACGUGAUUAUGUUGGAGUGGGUCCAAUCCAAGAUGCUUUCAUACUUAAAAAGUGUGUUUGAUGUGGUGUUAACUAUAGUUCUGUGGUUGAUUUUACUUGCGAUUCUCCUUCCAAUUUUUCCGAUACUAGUUGCAGUGGUAAUCGCAAGAAAUGUUGAAACAUUUAUUUAUCGUAUUUUAUACAAUGCAACAGCUUUUAAAAGUGAGGAUGUGCUAUGGCUAAUGGAUACACCUAAAAACCGGUAUGUUAUAAACGGAUUGACAAUACUAGAUGGUGUCCAAGAUAUGAAGAAACUAAGAUAUGUAAUAACAUCUUCCUUGCUUUUACCUGUCAAUGAACAAGGUCAAAAGCUAUAUCCUAAAGCUACCCAACAUCUUUUUCCUGGCUGGGUAAAUCACUAUUGGAUUGAAGAUUCAAAUUUUGCUAUUGAAAAGCACGUGUUUCAAAUGCAGGAUGCCGUUGUUAAAUCAGAAAGAGAUUUACAGAAGUUAAUAAGCUACCACUGCAGUAAGGACUUACUAUCUGAUCGUAAUUCAUCGCCGUGGGAAUUUAUUUCUAUCCCUUAUGAAGAAAAAGGUGUUCGUAAAACUGCGUUGCUUCUUCGUAUGUCGCAUGCAAUCGCGGAUGGCUCCUCUCUUUUUUAUUACCUUACGCACCAUCUAGCAGAUGGCUUCGUGUUGUCUUCAGAAAAUGUGAAGAAAUUUUCACAACGCCAGCGCAAAUUAAUGAUACUUGAAGGAUUGUUCUAUCUUCCACUAACAUAUGUGAAAAUGAUGUUCCUUCCAUCUGAUCAGCACGCUCUUCAUUGUGAUGAUGUGACGGGUAACAAAAACAUGUCAUGGACAAAACCGAUCAACCUAACGCUAGUGAAAAAGAUUAAAAACAAGUUAAAAGUUACGGUACACGAUGUGUUAAUUGGCUGUUUAGCAGUUGCACUUCACAAUUAUUUCAAGAAGAAGAAAUAUCUCGUACCGAAAGACCUCACAAUGUUAAUACCAGUCGAUAUUCGCUCGAACACUGAAGAUGCAAAAACAUUUCAAAAUAACAUAGCAACAUUGAUGUUACAAUUGCCAAGUGGCAUGAAACACUCAAUGCAAGCGAUUCAGGAGACAAAGAAACGCACGAACUUGCUAAAAAAUUCCGGCGAAGCUUUCAGUAUUGAUAUUGGUUGGAAAUUUGCUUCGUAUUUCCUUCCGCUUGUGGUUGCGAAGUGGUUUAUUUAUGACAUGGUUGAUAAAACAACGGGCAUUGUCUCGAGUGUGAUUGGUCCGCAAGAGCCAAUCAAAAUUGAUGGUCAUAAGAUUGAGCUGAUCACGUUUUGGCCACCGCAAUCACACAACGCAGGAAUAGGAAUCUCUUUCUGUAGCUACAACGGUACUCUUCGAGUAGGAAUCGAAACAGAUGAUGUUCUCACAAAAUCUCCGAAACAGUUAUGUGAUAAUUUCGAAACUGUAUUCCAUGAAGCCGCUCAAGCUAUUUUAUAUAUGGAGAAUCACAGAAAGGGAAUAUUAAAUGGAAUGUAACUUUUUAGCCUAAUGCUUUACGCUGAUUUAUUACCAAGACAUUUGUAUUUUAAAUUAUGUAUUUAGAACCAGACUGCGUACAUAUAUUUUGUUUAUAUUUUGUUUAAUGUUAAUAUAUGUUUUUAUAGCUAAUCCCACGUUUACACAUGACAAUUGUUUGAAUAAAGGGUUUCCAUACAUGAUCAUUAAAGAAAAGUUAUGAGCAAUUAUAUUUACACCGCCCUAAGACACAAUGUUCUACUGUUCAGUGUGAUUAGCAAAUUGUCGCAGCGGCACUUCUAACUUUUCUUUUAACACGUACGUAUUUUUACACUAUUAGAGGAAGUGUAAGCAAUAAUUUCCUAUUUCUAGGCUAUACCAGCCGGGUUUUUCUUUACGUUUAAAAGCGAUUUGUUUUCAAAUGCCUUAUGUGCCAGCAUUCCUGAUCUAGUCGUUUUUCUCUAACUUUUCAUGGAUUUAUGAAUAAUAAUUAUAAUAGUAAUUCUACCUUCAUGUUUCUUCUGCGUGCAGCAAAACAUUUAAUAUGUCCGUCUACCAAAACCAUCAGUAUAAUUAUGAAGGCCUUACAACUCCAACGCGGAAGCAGGUUCAGUUCAAGUAAAACAUGAAAGGACAUAGGAAUUGAAUAUAGUCAUUGUAGUGGAGAUGCUAAGCAUGUGUUAGAUGGUAAAGAAAUUACUGGACGUCAUGCUUUAAUGAGCUAACAAAGAUACGGUUGAGUGCUGGAGUAAUAAUG